AUGAAAAUCAGACACAACAUGGCAUCAGUAACAUAUAACAAUGCUAAAAAAUAUCGUUUUCUUGGCCAAGAGGAGGGGCUAGAGAUACCUCAAGCCCAUACUCUGCGUGAUAAAAUAUUGAAGGAUUUUGUAAAGCGGCAAAUAUCAACUACCACAUCUUUGGAACAUCAAUUGCAGAAUCAGAGAAAUUUUGUCCGGGCAACAGCUGAAGAAUCGAUUACAGCUACUACCAGUGGCUUAACAUCAUACAAAGCUUACAAAAACUUAGAAUCAUCUUUUAAUGUAAAACAGAUUUUAAGGUCAAGUGGACUUUCAAAUGAUGAAAUCCAUCUUCUCCUGAAUGAGGACACUGGUAGCUCAUCAAAUGAAGCUCCUCAAGCUAGAGAAGAAAGACUUAAAGCUAUUGAGGUAAAAUUACUCAAGCGACAAGAUCAGCUCAAUUCAUUUACAAGCAAAGUCGAACAUUUUAAUGGAGCAAUUUCUUUAAAUCGACAUGAUUUUGAAGAAGAGUGUAGUGUUGUUCCAUGUAGACCAGAAGCUGAUAAGCUCACUGCCUGCCUUGUUCGCCUUCAGCCCCAUCAAGAUGAGACCAUACCAGAAAACCAUCCCAUUAACCACAUACAGCAUCUGGCAGAGGAGCUGUUUCCAAACGAUGCAACAUGUCAAGGUGACAAGCCACAUAAACAUAAAAUGAAAGCGUAUUAUCCAGAAGGUCCAGCAUCUAAAAAAAAAAAAGAUCACUCUGAUUUUAUUUAUUUAACGCAAAAGCCUAAAUCUCUUUGGGAUAUGAAGAAAAUUCCCAGGAUAAUUGGUAGCAGCCAUUCUGUUGGUAAAACACUACACAGUUCUUGUAUUUUGCCAAGAGAUAUAUCAUUGGACAAAAAAUGUAAGGCACUCAUCGUACCUGCUAAAAACAUGGAACCAGCUACUGCAGAUCGCACCAAACCCUUUGUUUUGGUACUUGAUGCUAGUAAUCUUAUAUCCAUAGAAACUAUUAAAUCAAACAGGAAGAGCAUCGCUGAGCUCAGGAAUAUGGAAAAAUUUAAAAACUACAAUCCAGGAGAGCCAUCAUCUACAUUAUAUAUAAAAAACUUAUCUAACAAAACCUCCUCUCAAGAUUUAGCUUCUCUCAUGGGACAUUUUGAGUCUAAUAAUGGACCUAAAAUAGUAUACAGAAUUCUUGGUGGUCGUAUGAAGGGACAAGCAUUUGCUACAUUCAGCAAUGAAGAAAUGGCAACAAGUGCCUUUAAUACAUGUAAUGGCUAUGUAUUACAUGAUAAGCCUAUUGUUAUUGAAUAUGGAAAAAAUUGAAUUCUGUUAUGCAAAAAAAUUAAAGGGCAAAAUAUUAACAUUUAUAACAAAUUAAUAUUAGUACUUGCAAAGGCUUGAACUGUGAGGCCUGGUGCGUCAGCAAAAGCACUCUUCACUCGGCUCGUCCUCCAAAGGUUUUCCAACGUCCAGAAAACAGUCAAAUUAAAGUGUCCUUUCCUAACCUACUGGAGGACCCAAGUCAUAAAACGGGACAGUGCGUCACUUUUGGCAGGCUACUUCUAUUUUCAAGUACGACAAUUUUUGGCCUUAUGUAAUGCAUACAUGUGAAAUGCAACAUUUUUUGUAAGAGGACAGGUUGCCUCUUGAUGUGUCAAGCACUGCACAUCUCGGAUGUGAUGAGCAGGGAGUAUGAUUAUAAUGUACAAAGUUAAUGUUCAGUGGUGCAAAGAGCCAUUCACUACCCUAUAUAAACAAAGGAUACAUUUACAUAUUCUGUUAAAUAUAGUCUUUAGAUUGUCUUUUUAAAUGUUUUUUGGAACUGAAGAUUACUUCCUGUAUAUUACCUGUUAACCAAUUAGGUCUGAUUGUGAUGACUUUUCUGUAUUGAUAAACCAUAAUAAAUUGUUAUCAGAUA